AUGGGUAGAGGAAACAUCAAACAACCACGGUGUGCCUCUGACAUCGACCCCCACUCCACGUCUAUGUCCUCGACUAUCUCUUGGAUUGCCGACCUCCCGACGUCGAGUGUGCUUUUGUCGUGGUCGAUGGUGUUGAACGUUGAGUACGCGUGA